AUGUCUACAUAUAAUUAUAUUAUAAAGUAUAUUAUCGUCGGAGAUUCUGGCGUAGGAAAGUCUUGUUUAUUACUCCAGUUUACCGACAAACGGUUCUAUGCAGGACGUGAGUUGACCAUUGGUGUUGAAUUCGGUUCUCGUUUCAUUGCCAUGCCCGAUGGAAAGCAAAUUAAACUGCAAAUCUGGGAUACAGCUGGGCAAGAGAGUUUUCGAAGUAUCACUCAAAGUUAUUAUAGAGGAGCUGCUGGAGCUUUACUGGUCUAUGAUAUUUCCAGGAGAGAGACCUUUGAGCAUGUUUCAACAUGGUUAGCUGACGUUCGAAAACACGCUAAUCCUCAUACAACCAUUGUACUCGUUGGAAAUAAAUGUGACUUGGAAAGUAAAGCAAGACAAGUGACUUUUGAAGAAGGACAACAAUUUGCUAAAGAGAACGAUAUCCCACUCUUUAUCGAAACAUCUGCAAAAUCUGCUGAAAACGUAGAAGAGGUAUUCUUCAAGACAGCAGAAGAUGUUUAUGAAAAGAUUAAAUCAGGUGUAUUCUCUCCCAACGAAACAUCUGGUAUAAGAUUAGGUCAUACCCAAAGUGCACUUUCUGAUGAAGCACAAGGUGGAUGCUGUUAA